UGUAACUCCACCAAUUAAGACAACCGGACAUCUACGAUUGACUGCCCAGGUGUCAAAUUACUCUGUUUCUUCUCGGGAAUUGAAGCGAGUUGCCAGCCAUGUUGGCGGGCGAGUUGACGCAAGCACGCGGCAAGGAGUUCGAGGCAGUGGCCAAGGAGCGUUGGCUUUUUGAGCGUCUCGUUUUGUUCGUUGAACCUGGCAUGCCGGGCGGUGGGUGCCGGGCGUGCGGUAGAUCCUUCUGGACGUGGAGGAGCAGUGUGCGUCAGGCCAUCUCAAGAACCUGUGAGCCCGCCGUCUUGCCUCGGAUGCUUCUUUUUUUCUUUUGGCUUUUAUCAGCUGGAGAUCAGGGAUUUAGAGGCACACACACACAGUCGCUGGUACGGAAAUGGAAGAUCAAUCGAUGGACUGGCUCUGAAACAUCACAUCACCCAGACAAAUUCGGCAUGUUUCCUCACACCAUUCAGCAUUUGCAUUUUGCAUGACGUUUUGGACCUUUAUGAAGUGGUAGGGCGAAGUGCAAAACCUCGCUGCUGCUUGUGAUGCAGAGAUCUCCCUGUUCUCCUGUCAGCCAAUGUCGCACAAUUUGGCAGACCUUGGUUUCUGUACAAGUGUUCCGAACCCUGUGCCGCCAGCCUAGCGAGCCUUCGUGUGGCGAUUCUGCAGACAUCAAGAGUCAGCUCUUUUACCGUCACAGAGAGGUAAGUAGGGAAUUGGCUUUCUGAAUUUGACUCUGGACUUUAGUGUUCUUCGUUGCACUACUGGCAACGAUUAUGUUUGGUGAUGCGCAUCUCCCCGAGUUGUUUCCGGCAAACCAAAUAGCACA